AUGAGUAGAACAAUAAUAGUGCGGGUUCCAGAAAUAUUGAAACAUACUGUCAUGUCCAGAAAGAUAUUAAAGCCCAUUUCUGAUCCUUUUGCUUGUAUCAUGGACAAUAAUGAGUUAGGCUGCAAGCAAAACGACGCUCUUCAAGAGCUCGAGAUGCUGACAGUGAAUGCCAAGGAAGCCCAACAGCUUAUACUGACAAAAAUCCUUGAGAGGAACCAGGCUAGUGAGUACUUGAGCAAAUUCAUGAAUAGAUCCACAAACACAUCCACCUUCAAGAGAAACGUCCCAGUAGUGACAUAUGAUGUGGUCCAGCCGUACAUCACAAGGAUCUCAACUGGCGAGGAUUCUUCCAUUAUAUCUGGAGACCGAAUCGUAGAACUGCUGAGAAGCUCUGGAACUUCUCGGGGUGAGCCAAGAUUGAUGCCAGCCAUCUCCGAGGAUCUUGACCGUCGAACCUACCUUUAUAGUCUGCUAAUGCCGAUAAUGAACAAGUAUGUAUCAGGCCUUGGUGAGGGGAAGGCCAUGUAUCUUCUCUUUGUGAAAGCGGAAACACUGACGAAUUCUGGCAUUCCAGUUCGAUCAGUCCUCACUAGCUAUUACAAGAGCCCUCACUUCCUGCGCCGCAAACAUGACUUGUACAACAACUACACCAGUCCUGAUGAGGUCAUCCUUUGCCCUGACAGCCAGCAGAGCAUGUACUGCCAGCUGCUCUGCGGCCUGGUUGAACGCCAGCAUGUCCUCCGUCUUGGGGCAGUCUUUGCCUCGGCGUUCCUUCGGUCUAUCAGCUUUCUUGAGCAGCACUGGUGUGACCUUGUCAAUGACAUACGUAUUGGUAAACUCAAUCCCAAUGUCACCAACACCGAGUGCCGGUUGGCCAUGGAGGGCUUUCUCGCAUUGCCCAACCCGGAGCUCGCUGAUGAGCUUGAGGAAAUCUGUGGCUGUGGGCCAUGGAAGGGGAUUCUAGGCAGGCUAUGGCCUAACGUCAAGUACAUCGAAGCUGUUCUUACAGGCACAAUGGCACAAUACAUCCCCAUGCUGGAGUUCUAUAGUGGUGGUAGGAUUCCCUUGGUAUGCACUAUGUACGCCUCGUCGGAGAGCUAUUUUGGUGUCAAUCUGAGGCCACUGUGCAAACCAACCGACGUGUCUUACACCAUCCUCCCGAACAUGGCCUACUUUGAGUUCAUUCCUUUGGAGGAUGGCCUCAGAGUGACGGAUGAUGAGGAGGUGGUGGGGAAUGACAAGCUUGUCAGCCUGGUGGAUGUCAAGGUCGGAUGCUACUAUGAGCUUGUGGUCACCACAUUUUCUGGCCUUUACAGGUAUAGGGUUGGCGAUGUGCUUCAGGUCACAGGCUUCUACAACCGUGCGCCGCAGUUCAAAUUCAUCUGCCGGAGAAACGUGAUCCUCAGCAUCGACACCGACAAGACCAACGAGGAGGAUCUCCACAACAGCGUCACGCGUGCCAAGAAGAUCCUGGAGGACAGAAACCACAUCCUCCUGGAGUACACCAGCUACCCAGACACUUCCACUGUCCCUGGCCACUAUGUGCUCUUCUGGGAGAUCAAGUCCACCUGCGAAGGCGUGCAGCCCCUCGACCCUCAGCUCCUCGAGAGCUGCUGCAUCUCCGUGGAGGAGUCGCUCGACUACAUCUACAGGCGCUGCAGGGCGCACGACAAGUCGGUAGGCCCGCUGGAGAUACGGCUGGUCGAGGCCGGCGCGUUUGAUGCUCUGAUGGAUCUGCUGGUCAGCCAGGGCAGCUCCAUCAACCAGUACAAGACCCCGAGGUGCAUCGAGUCCGGCCUUGCGCUGAAGCUGCUCAACUCCAAGGUCACUGCUUCCUUCUUCAGCCCUCGGGAUCCUGAGUGGACCAUGUAA